AUGGAGUAUUGUGAUUCAUGCAGAGCAGUGUUGAAUGAGAGACAUUUAUUGGAGGAGCAAUUGGCCAGGCUCUAAAAUAAGUUGGAAAUAGUAGCGACGCAAUUGAAGUUGUUGAGGGAGGAGAAUGAAUUAUUAAAGAGUAACAUAAAAGUGCCUAAUAAAUAAAGACGCAAAAACAAUAGGACGAAGGCCGAGGUUGAAUAAUGCUAGAAGGAGAUUCAAAAAUUGCAAGUGAUAAUCUAACACAAAGAUGUGAUUAUCCAGAGCCAAGUACGAUGUGAUAUAAUUAGUGAAAGCUCAAUUAUAGCUAUGGACAGAGUUAGGAAGAAGGUGAAUCUUUGA